AUGUUUGUUUCCAAUGAAGGAUGCGAAGAAGAAGGAGAACAAAUACAGUCGGCAUUGUUUGAAGUUGAAGAGGACAUUAGAAAGAAAGUUUUGGAUAUGUUCUCUGGAAAUGUAGAAUUCGAUGAAGAAGAAUCCAAGAAGUUGGCGCUAGAUCUACAGAAGAAUCUGCUGUCUAUGUUUUCUGGAGGUGUAGGAGAUGACAAAGAGGAGGAGGAAGAAGAAGACGAAGAGGACGAAGAAGAAGACGAAGAGGACGAAGAAGAAGACGAAGAGGACGAAGAAGAAGACGAAGAGGACGAAGAAGAAGACGAAGAGGACGAAGAAGGGGAUUCGGAAAAAGACGAGUCACAAAGAGAAGAUUCAUGUGAGGUUAAAUCCGAUAAAGAAGCCAGUCUGGACGCAAAUGAAAAUAGAUUAGUUAACUUAUCCGAGGGUGAGGAAAAAGAAACAGCGUUGCUAGGAGCUGAAGAUGACAUUAAGAAAACCUUGCUGGGCAUGUUCUCUUUGAAGGGAGAAUUCGAUGAAGCUGAAUCAGGAAAGCUGGUAUUAGAUCUACAGAAAAACAUACUCUCUAUGCUGUCUGGAAAUAUCGGGGACCAUGAUGAUGAGGACUACGAAGACUUUGAGGAGGAAAAAAUAGAAAAACCAGAGGAAGUCGUGGAGGAUUCUACGGAAGUUGGUGAUAAAGAGGCAAUAGACGAAGUAGCCGAUGUUCUACAAGAGCCUGAAGAGGAGGGCACGGAAGAAUCUGGAAAGGAGGUUAGCGAGUUAUUCGAAAAGGAAGUUGCGGAUGAAGUUAUUGAAGAGGAGGACAAGGAAGAAGUAGAAGAGGCAUCCGUCGACAUAGAGGACAUGCCCGUUGUUGUGGAGGACCCUGUCAUUACUGUAGAAGAGCAUGUAGACCAGGAUAAAGAGGAGUCAACAGAACAGGACGGCCAGGAAUCUGAAGAGGAGGAAACUGAACAAUCAUUAGGGGAGCAGUCAAAAGAAGAAUUCGCAGAGGAGGAAAAGGAAAGAGCAGAAACAGCUGUGGGCUCUGUGGAUGAUAUCUUGAAGGAGGAAAUGAAAAAAAUAGAAGAGUCUGUGAAGGGGGCCCUUGGAGUUGUGCAAGAGGCAGUAGAUAAAGUUACGGAGGAGGAGCAAACAGAAAAGGCAGAGGGCCCUGAGUCGGAAGAGGAGAAAGAAUCAGAAGGAGAAGAGGACGAAGAAGGAAUAGAGACUUUACUGAAAGAUAAUCUAUUAGGUAUGUUAUCCGAAAAGAUGAAAGCCGAAGGAAAAGAUUUAGAUAAACUACCCCUAGAGCUGAAGAAGGAUCUGUCCGAUAUGUUAUCUGGAAAUAUGGAAAUGGAUGAUGAAGAGGAGGAAGAAGAAGAGGAGAAAAAAGUUCUAGGAAAUGAUGAAUUAGACCUACAGGAAAAUCUUCCAGAUAUGUUUUCUCGAAAGGGAGGAUUUAAUCCAAGUAUGUUAGGAAAUUUAAAAGAUAUAGAAGCGUUGCACAAGAGCGUACCUGGCUUAUUGGAAGAGGCCAAAGGCAUUACUCCAGUUGAAAUUGAAUCUUUGAAGAGUAUGUUCUCUGGUGCCUUCGAUGCACCUGGUGUUAAGGGAAUGCCACAAAUAAAAAUGCCACAAGAAUUGAAAUCCGUUAUGAUGCCAAAGAAGGAACAAAAAGGAAAACCCCAUGAUAAGAAACCAAAAGAGAAAGUGCCAA